AGUUUUCCGGCAGCAAAACAAAACAAAUUCAAACAAGAGAAUUUAAUCAGCUGGAAGGUCAAAAUCUGGAACAGGAAUAUUAUUUAAUCUGUUAAGUGUCUAGUUAUCAUAAGCUUUAUUCAUUUACACAGAAAUGGUAACUAUGCCAGGGCGCAACAGUAUAUUGCGAAUUCAGCUAAUGCUCGCCAGAAAUGUUCCGAUUCAGAAUGUACAUCAAAGGCGAUGGCUUGGGAGCGUGGUACUCGAACCCUUGAAGAAACGAUCCGUUUUGAGCGUACAAGGAAGUGAUGCGAUCCCCUUCAUGCAAGGGUUGAUAACCAAUGACAUGACUCACUUUGCGCGCGGUUCAAACUCAAUAUAUGCAAUGUUCCUUAAUACUUCCGGCCGUGUUAUGUAUGAUUCUUUAAUAUAUAAAAGCAUCAGAGAUCCAGACGAACACUUUUUUAUAGAAUGCGAUACGAGUACCGUGGACCAACUUGCAAAGCAUUUGAAUUUGUUUCGUGUCAGGAAGAAGGUGCAAAUAUCAAAACCAGAUUUGCAACCAUGGGUGGCAUUUACCAACAGAAAAGAAUCACAGGAUCAGAGUCUAACAGCUGCAUUGACAAAAGGGAACAUCGAUGGUGCUUUUAUUUAUAAGGACCCACGCCUAGAGGAACUCGGAUAUCGUAUUCUAGUGGGAAGCAGUACAGGACUUGAUGAUUUAAAAGCAAUGUUUCCCGUAAAAACUGUUUUCCUUGAGAAUGGUUCAUAUGUCCAACACAGGUACGGCCUGGGUAUAGGAGAAGGCGUAGAGAAUCACCCACCUGGCAAAUGUUUUCCCUUGGAAAACAAUAGCGACUACUUGCAUGGCGUGAGCUUUCACAAGGGCUGCUACAUUGGUCAAGAGCUUACCGCUCGGACACACCACACAGGAGUUGUACGGAAACGAUUAAUGCCCUUGGUUUUUGAUCAGCCGGUCCGGGAGGGUCAAUUUACGAGCGAUGCUGAAAUCAAAACCAAGGAUGGUCAACCGGUUGGGAAGUUGAGGGGCUAUUAUCAGACCGUUGGAAUAGGUUUACUACGAGUUGAGAAGGUUUUGUCCAAUCAAUCCCUAAUAGUAGGCGAUACAGUUCAUUGUACGACUAAUAAACCGGAUUGGUGGCCAACUGAACAACCUAAAAAGCACUGAAUCAA